CCUGGCCCCGGUCCGGCGGCCCGGUCCGGGUCCGAACCGAACCGGGACCUUCACGCUCCAGAACGCGCGGCACAAAGAGCGCACCGCCACCCGGAAGCUGGGCCCGCAAGUUUCCCGGGUGGCCAUAUUUGGGCUUCCUCCCUCCAUAUUUGGUAACAUACGUCACGCAGGAGACUUUAUAAAGCCGGGAAUCCUCGGCGAGGCAGUGACAGAAGUUAAGCUGAGCUUGGAGCGGCAGCAGCGAGCAGACACUUGAUGUUUAUGUGCCGAAAUCACCGGAACCAGCGAGCCUCCAGCCUUGGCUUCCUCCGAGCAUCAGCGGACCCAGCAGCAGCCCCUGCCCCGCCACAGCGCCUCUCCGCAGGGCUCAGCAGCGGACACCGACCCGCAGCACGACCCGCGCUCCGCCGCUGACUCCCCUUCAUCCUCCUCCUCCUCCUCCUCCUCCUCCAGAGACAUGGCAGCAACCAAAGCGGAGCUGCUGCUCUCCGGCCUGCAGAUCUCAGAGCCGCUGUUCGGCCACCCGCCGCCGCUCUCCCCGCUGGACGGAUACCAGAAGCUGGAGGAGCUCCAGAUGCUGCUGCAGAACGCCGCGUCUGCAGCCGAGGCUGCCGGGCUGCUGGGCGGGGAGCCCGCCGAGUACGCAGAUUCGCUGUCAGACCUCUCAGACCUGCAGAACCUCCCUCCUCUCACCCCUCGCCUCACCCCGCUGGCCUACAGCGGCCGCUUCACCUUCGAGCCGUCCGCCUCCUGCGGCGGCGGCGGUAACCAGUGGGCGGAGCCUCUCCUCAGCCUGUUGUCGGGGUUGGUGAGCAUGGCGGCCCACCCUGCGUCCUGCAGCUCCUCCUCGCCUCCUACGUCGUCAUCGGCUCCCUGUCACGCCACUUUCAGCUGUGGGUCUGGAGACGUCACCUCCAUCUUCUCUGCCACGCCGACGUACACGUCCGCCGCCGGAUCAGACCACCUCCUUCCCCCGAGUGAGGCGCAGCAGGCCUUCCAGCCUCAGGUCCCGCCCCCCGCCUACAUCCAGCAGCCCUCCAUGGUGGUCCCCAUGCUGCCGGACUACCUCCUGCCGCAGCAGGUCCCAGAAGCAGAGGUGGGCCGCGGUCAGGAGCAGAAGCCCGUGCUGCCGCCGCUCACGCCUCUCCCCACCAUCAAAGCCUUCUCCUCACAGUUCCAGCCUCAGGGCGCCGCCUGCAGGAGCAGGAAGCCCCCGGCGGGGCGGCAGUGUAAGACCCCGCCCCACGAGCGUCCCUACGCCUGCCCCGCCGACGGCUGCGACCGCCGCUUCUCCCGCUCGGACGAGCUGACCCGCCACGUGCGCGUGCACACGGGCCAGAAGCCCUUCCAGUGCCGCAUCUGCAUGCGCAACUUCAGCCGCAGCGACCACCUGACCACGCACAUCCGCACGCACACCGGCGAGAAGCCCUUCGCCUGCGCAGAGUGCGGCCGCAAGUUCGCCCGCAGCGACGAACGCAAGAGGCACGCCAAGAUCCACCAGAGGCAGCGGGACCGGCGAGCGGAUAAGGCUGCCAUGCCCCCCGCCGCCAUGCCCCCCGCCGCCAUGCCCCCCGCCGCCAUGCCCCCCGCCGCACCUGCAGGGUCGUCCCCCCUCACCCUGCAGGCUUCCUCCCCCUGCUUCACCUCCUCCUCCUCCCUGUCUCACGUCUACGCCUCCUCGCCGUCCCCCCACCUCUACUCCUCGUCCUGCUCCUCCCCGAUGGGGAGUCCCCCAUCAGAGCUGCCCUCGCCCCACGGCGCCAACAUCUGCUGACGGACUAAAGGCCCCCGCCGUGACCUUUGACCCCACGGCACCAACAUCUGCUGACGGACUAAAGGCCCCCGCCGUGACCUUUGACCCCACGGCACCAACAUCUGUUGACGAACUAAAGGCCCCCGCCGUGACCUUUGACCCCACGGCACCAACAUCUGCUGAUGGACUAAAGGCCCUUGCCGUGACCUUUGACCCCACGGCACCAACAUCUGCUGACGGACUAAAGGCCCCUGCCGUGACCUUUGACCCCACGGCACCAACAUCUGCUGAC